UCCAGGAAGCCGCGUCCUGCUGCUGCUGCGAGCAGAGAGCCGGAGCCCGGAGACCUCCCUGCAGCCCCCGUGCGUGUGUGUGUGCGCAGACUGAACUCGGAGUGGGACAACAGCUGGACAACAGCUGGACAGCAGCUAGACAGCAGCUGGACGCAGCUGCACGGGACAGUAAAACAUGGCAGUGUUUGAAAACACCUCGGUGCUUUUCGCGCUGAGAAACGUUUCUUUCAAGGAGAAGGAGAAGCUGAAGUCGGCCGUCACAGAGAACGGAGGCAGCGUCUGCUUCGUAAUCAAUAAAGAGUGCUCUCUGGUGGUCACCGACGCCGUGGAGGCCCUGAGCCCCGGCAGGCGGAAGAACAUCCAGAAGUACCAGACUCCCGUGGUGCGGCCGGAUUAUGUGUCCAGCUGCCUGGAGCGAGGCGCUCUGCUGCCGCUGGACGACUUCAGGCUGGACCCGACGUCUCCUGAAGCAGCGCCUCCUCCGUCCACAUUCACUCCAAAACGUGCCAAGAAGCAGCCUUCCUCCACCCUGGGACGUGAGCGGCCUCGUCCCAGAUAUCGUGAGAGACUGGCGGACUCCGUCACCCUGACGGCAGAGAAGAGCGACUCGAUUAAUAAAGAUCACCCAACGUUUCCAGAUGACUUUCAGGUGGCAAAGUAUUCCAUUUUGGAACAGAUCGAUGGAACCGCCUGGUGCGUGCUGGAGCUGCAGAGCUGCAGAGGAGAGGCCGGCCAGCGGUAUCGGGUGGUCACGUAUCAGAAGGACGACGCAAAAGCCAAGAGUGCGAUAACCAUGGAGCGGUUCCUGUCCACCUCAGAGGAGGCUCUGUCGGUGUACCAGGCCCUGGAGGAUUUACUGAAGGGUGGAUUUAAGAAGAGCAGCAGCCUCCCUGAAGAGGUUCAGGACUUGGGCUCUGCAGCCCUCCAGCAGCUGCUGGUGGAGGAGAAGCUGCAGACGGCGAGCAUCUCGCAGAAGGAGGUGGCCGUGUUCGUGGAGCUGCUGUGGGCCGAAGCUCUGGGAAACCUCAACAGCGUCCUGGCAGUCUCCGUGGAGAAGCUCAGCCUGAGUGACGUGUGCAGGGCAGAGGGUUUGUUGCUUCAGGCUCGGAAGAAGCUGCAGGAAAACAAAAAUGAGGAGGUGGCGUCGCUCCUGGAGGAGUUUUACUCCCUGUUGCCUCACAAAGCUCCACGAACGUCCGACGCGGAUCUCAGUUUGAUCUCCGAGAAACUGGACCUCUGUCAGUUGAUUCGGGACAUUCUGAAUGCGAGUGAGAUGACCCUGAGGAGCCCCGCCCCCUCCUGUGUGGGCAAGUACCGCGCCCUGAGGUGCAGCAUCGACCUGGUUCAGCCCGGAACCUCCGAGUACCAGCUAGUGGGGAAUCAUUUGCAGAGCAAGAAAAUUCAGAUCCUGCAGAUCCUGCGGGUCUGCAGACCGGUGGAGCUUCAGACCUUCAAGAGAGAACUGGGGACCAUUCAUACCCUCCUUCACUCGUCCGAUCCCAAAAACUUUGUGGGAAUUCUUUCUCGCGGGCUGAUGCUGCCCCGAGUCCUCGAGGAGGUUCACGGAGUCCAGAGGAGAGAUGCGGGCGAGCUGGGCAGCGGAAUCUACUUCACCGACUAUGUCAAGUCGGCUCUGUUCUACUCCAAACCCAGCCAGACCGACGGCUCUCGCCUGCUGCUGGUGUGCGACGUGGCCCUGGGAAACAUGAAGUUCACCAUGAAGAGGGACCCCAGCCUGACCAAAGCCCCGGAGGGCUACCACAGCAUGGUCGGGACCCGCGCACCCAGGGCACCACACCUCUCUGACUUCCAGUUCGCCCAGUUUGUGGUGUACAGUCCGGAUCAGGUGCAGCUGAAGUACGUGAUAAAGCUCACCGACUCCCAGAGCGAGCUAAAGGACUUCGCUCCCGCCGUCGACAUGUUGGCUGAGCCGUGUCGGCCGCUCCGCGAUCCAGGGCUCAGUGCAGACGACAAAGGCCUUGAUGACAUAGGGACGCCCCUGAAGGACGUGAAGGCUGGACUGUUGGACGGCUCUGGCCAGCAGCUCCCCCUGCAGGCCGUCCAUGUGAAGUGCAGGCUGAUGGAUCUGCUCUCUCAGGUCACCAUUUUCCAGAAAUACACCAACCAGAGUUCUGUGCCCAUUGAAGCCAAAUACGUCUUCCCUCUGGAUGAUUCUGCCGCAGUGUGCGGAUUCGAAGCCUUCAUCAAUGGAAAACAUUUAGUGGGACAGGUGAAGGAGAAGGAGGCGGCUCGUAAGGAGUACAGGGACGCCGUGUCCAGAGGUCACGGAGCUUACCUGAUGGACCAGGACGCCCCGGACGUGUUCACCAUCAGCGUGGGGAACCUGCCGCCCGGCGCCACCGUCCUCAUCAAGGUGACCUUUGUGUCCGAGCUGAUCGUGAAGGACAGCAGCGUUCUCUUCUCGCUGCCCGGCAGCCUGGCGCCAUGGCAGCAGAGUGCAGCCCUGAACCAGACCACACAGGUAUCGGUGGACAAAGUCUGCAUAACUGACCAGUCAGCAAGUUCGAGAGAGUUCACUCUGGACAUGUCCGUUGACAUGCCCUUUGAGAUCUCCAGUCUUCAAUGCCUCACACACAAAAUCAAGAUGAAGAGAACAGCCUGUAAGGCGGUGUUGAGUGUUCUCCCUGGAGCUGUCCUGGGUCCUGAAGGUUUCCAGCUGUCAAUCACUCUGUCCGAGGUCCACCUGCCCAGGAUGUGGGUGGAAAAACACCCUGACAAGGACAGCCAGGCCUGCAUGCUGGUUUUCUACCCGAGCUUCGAAGUCGGCUCCAGUACCAAGGAAGUCAUCGUGCUGUUGGACGCGUCCGAGUCCAUGAAGGGAGAGUCUCUCACGAUGGCUCGGAGAAUCGCCCUUCAGGUUCUCAAAAACCUGGACGUCACAGACAGACUUAACAUCGUUCUGUUUGGGACAGAUCACAAGGAAGCUUUCCUCACUGCGAAGCCCAUCGCAGAUGUUGCUGUGGAAGCUGAAAACUUCAUCAAGCAUGCCUCGUCUGUAGGGGGCAGCACUGAGCUGUGGCGGCCCCUGCGAGCCCUCAGCCUGCUGCCCCCGUCCAGUGGGAUCCGGAACCUGCUGCUGCUCUCGGACGGCCACAUCCAGAACGCCGAUGCCACCCUGCAGCUGCUCAGGGACGGCGUGCAGCACAGCCGGCUCUUCACCUGUGGACUCAGCUCCACGGCCAACCGGCACAUGCUGCGAGCCUUGGCCCAGGCAGGGGGCGGAGCCUAUGAGUUCUUCGACAAGAAAACCAAACACAACUGGGUGGAGAAGGUGAAGCGACAGGUGAAGCGCAUGGCGUCCCCCAGCUGCACUUCGGUGUCGGUGAAGUGGCAGCAGUUCGAUCUGGACGCCGACGCCCCGUUACAGGCCCCCAAGCAGCUGCACGCCCUCUUCAAUGACUGCCACGCUCUGGUGUACGGCCUGGUGCCGCACUGCACUCAGGCCACACUGCUGGGAAACCUGAGCGGACAGGAGCUGGAAACCAUGGUGUCGACCUCUGACCUGCAGAAGACCACGGGCACGUUUCUUCAUAAGCUGACAGCGAGAGCGCUCAUCAGGGACUACGAGGACGGAAACCUGGGAGCUGACCAGGGCCAACAUGAGAGCUGUAAAGCAGAACUCCGGUCGUUCAUCGUCAACCUCAGCAAGGAGUUCUCCGUCCUGUCGCAGUUCACCAGCUUCGUGGCCAUCGAGGACAGGGACUCGGACCGAGCGGAGGACGCCUUCACAGACGUCCCCAAGCUGCUGGCGGAGGAGGACGUGGACUUUCUGCCUUACAUCGACUGGAACGCUCCCCCACAGGAGAAACACCCAGCAUCCUCUGCUCCUAGUGAGGACGACCUGUUUUCGUUGAUAAUGGAGACGAGUGAAGCACUUGGAAUAAGUGAAGAAACAAUUUCACCCGAGCCUCAAGGAGUUCCACGUAGACUGAAGGCGCUUUGCAGACGUAGCGCAAUCGAGCGGUUAGAUUCACCGGAGUCUCCACAAUAUUCACCCACAGGUGCUCUGAGCGCCUGGAAAGUCUCCCACUUGGUCUCCAUGGGAACAGUGCAAGAUGCAACUUCCCAAAAACGCUCCGACUCGGACUCCUCUGAAGACUCCGUCUCGUCUGAAAUGGGUGCUACUCACGUCAGGAAAUACUGCAAGGCGGUCUCCCACUUGGUCUCCAUGGAAACAGAGCAAGAUGCAACUUCCCAAAAACGCUCCGACUCGGACACCUCUGAAGACUCCGUCUGGUCUGAAAUGAGUCGCUCCCCCAAGGAUUUCUCAUCUCUGCAACAGGAAGCUGAAGCGAAUUCAGCAGACCGCUUUGAGAUAUUCAAAAAAGCCAGCUUCCAUGAAAGAAGAAUGGAGGAACAAACAACACCAAAAAAAAAGAGUCAAGAGCGAAAGCCCCAAGAGGAGUAUGGUGCUCCUCUCCGCGACACCGUUCUGAGUUACGCUCAAGUAGCAGAAGCUCGAGCAGAAGCUCAACUUGAUCUGGCUCGCCAUCCUCCUCCUCCUGCUCCUCCUCCAUCCGGCAGUCUUCUGGCAUUUGGUCGUGGCGCUCAACGUGGUGUUUCUCUGUUUUCAUCCUCAAGUAGUCCAGCUGCUGCUCAAGGUCAUCCUCCUCCUCCUCCUCCUAAAGCUGCUUCUCUUUCAUCCUUCAGUCUUCCAGGACCUUCGGUUCAACUUUCACCUUUUGGUGGUCUAUCUCCUCCUCCUCGUCGUGGAUCUGGAGUGGAUUUCAGUUUCGGGGCGUCAGCACCUCCUGCUGCUCGUGGUCCUUCUCCUCUUUUUGGUCAUCCUCUUCCUCCUCCUCCUCCUCCUCCUGCUUCUCUUUCAUCCUUCAGUCUUCCAGGACCUUCGGUUCGACAUUCACUUUUUGGUGUUCCAUCUCCUUCUCCUCGUCGUGGAUCUGGCCUGGGUUUCAGUUUCGGGGCGUCAGCACCUCCUGCUGCUCGUGGUCCUUCUCCUCUUUUUGGUCAUCCUCCUCCUCCUCCUCCUGGAUCUGGCCAGGGUUUCAGUUUCGGGGCGCCAGCACUUACUGCUGCUCGUGGUCCUUCUCCUCUUUUUGGUCAUCCUCCUCCUCCUCCUCCUGGAUCUGGCCAGGGUUUCAGUUUCGGGGUGCCAGCACUUACUGCUGCUCGUGGUCCUCCUCCUCCUCCUCCUGAAUCUGGUCUUGCUCCUCCUCCUCCUCUUCGUCAGUCUGGCCAGGGCUUCAGCUUUGGCUUCGGGGCGUCAGCAGACACAUCUGUGCCUCUGUGUGAGGACAUGAUGGAAUUGGCAGCAUCUGCAGAGCGCCUCGCCUCUUCGUCAGUAACCUUCAGCUUUGGCGAUAGUCCAUUCGGUUCAGCUGUUGAUGAAGAAUCUGUCAGAGUAGCAAAGGGACUCGGCUCAGACCAGUGGCUCCGAGCGACAGAGCCAAUACUGACUUAUGGAGCUUCAUGCAGAGCUCCAGGAAGGCUUAUAUGUCAAGGCAUGCCUAGAAGACGCAGUGCGCUGGGACUGAGGAGUCGUCAUCAAACUCAUGAGGAAAACAUGAAGCUGAAAUGGAGAAAGAUCUUCAAGAUGCAGCAUUCAGACGGAUACUGGGAGUUCAGCAGCGAGCUGGAGGAACUGAUUAACUUCAGGGGGAAAUACUUCACGGACGAGUUUCUGAUGAAGAAAGGCCUCCUGUCUUUAGGAGGGAAGGCCCACGCCGACGUCCUCAGGCUGCUGGCCACUCUCCUGGUUCUGCAGCUGAUGAGGGUGGAGAAGCUGGACGAAGGGAAGCUGCUGCGGACCCUCUUCUCUCUGGAGGACUCCACCGAUCGCAGGCCGGAGUUUUGGGAGGCGGUGAGGAAGGCGGUGGACUGGGUCUGCUGGGCGGACCGACAGUACCCGUCCAUCUACAGCCGGCUGGAGUUCGGCCUCAGCUGGGAGGCGUCCACCCGCCAGCUGCUGGGCUACGACAGAAUGCCCACCUUCUCCCUGCUGCAGCACCUGGACCUGCAGAGGACCCCUGUUCCCUCCGUCCGCUGAUGGUGUGAGAGCGGUCCGGCACAUCGGGCCACGAGCUCAGCGUGAGCCGCCAUCGGCUCCGUCGUCUUUUUGAAGUUUUUUUUUUUUUUUUUCUGAUAUACACACACAGUCGCUAUGCAACUUUUAAAAUCUUUUAGGAAUCAGGUCUUAUUUCAGCAAAAGAGGGACUUCUGAACAGGAAUUUGAGUUUGGUGAGGGAGUUUUAAUGUUUGUGUCGGUUCUGUGGAAGGAGAAGUUGGAGGUCGGUCAUUAAACCGUCCAUUAUCCAGGGGCAGAGAAAAGCUGAAGAAAGGAAAAUGUUUGCGUGUUCACUCUGGAUUUUUUUACUUUCUCCUCAGUCCUGAAGUAUUUGGUCGAUCAGCCCAGAGGGGGGUAACUGUGUGCUGGGAUUUGGUCCGCCCUCGUUUGAUUUAUCCAGUGCAGUUAGCAGGACGAUGACCUGUGAUCCAUCAGAUCACACCGAUACCUUUAGAAUCACUCUUCAUCACUGUUUACACUCAAUCAGCUAUGCCGUCUCAUCGCAGCUGAUUUUUUUUUUUAGCUGUGUCAUCGUCGUCCUGCAGCAGAUAUUAUCAUAAUCUAGUCUAAUGUAAUCUAAUCUUCAUUUAUGAUCAACAUAUGCAAAUAAUUCAGCUUUAAACUGUGUGAGCAUCGCUGCGCUCACGCUGAUGUGUUGGAAUGAGCGCUUGACAUUCAGUCCACCAGAGGGCGCCACUGGCCAGAUACCACAAAGAAGAGUAGUUUGUCAGAGAGAAGAAGGAAGUGAAUUAUGAAUAUUGACAGCAGAAACUACAGCUUCUACAUAGCUGCAGCUGCUUUCCACACUGUUCUUCCUUUGACGAGUCAUUUCUAAUCCCAGCAGCGCCCCCCCAUGGUCACUGCUGACACUGCUCCAUAAAUACAGGGAAUUAGCAGAGGUUACAGUCAGAAGCCUCGAUGCUGAUCGAACAUGAAGGGAUCAAUUAGCCUCCAGCGCUGAGUUAAGCGUUUAAUUUCCUGUGAAAUGAAAAUGAAUCUGCGGUGAAGCUCAUUCCGGACGGCACUCGGUCUCUGGGUCACCAUCUCUGCAGAAAACCCAUUUUUUUUUUUCAUCUGCGUAUAAAAGAAAAGAACCAUGAUGUUGAUUUGGAUUUGGUCAGGAGAAGCAGCUCCACCUGAAAAGAGACUGAAAUAAUCAUGAAGCUUUUGUUCCGAAGGUCCUUGUUUUGUUCAACAUCACACUUUAUCACCACUGAUCAAACCUUUCUCUCGUGUUAAAUUGUCUUCUCGUAAACCUUGCAGUGAUUUGGGGGCUUUAAUUUGGAGUUUCGUGUGUUAAUUUGGAGUUUCGUGUGUGUGUGUGUGUGUGUGUGUGUGUGUGUGUGUGUGUGUGUGUGUGUGUGUGUGUGUGUGUGUGAUCACUGUUUGAAAUAAAGAAAUAAAG